AUUUGUAAAGCACUUUUUAUUAUACAAGAAUAAUCUCAAAGUUCAUAUAAUAAAAAGUUUCUUUUUUUAAACAAAGCAAAUAUACAGUAUAUAACCAUAUCAAAGUUUAAGCGGAAAGGUUUAAAAGCUCCAACAGUCUGAACAGCCCUGAGAUUGUCCGGAAGGAGUUCCAAAGGUGUGGCGUUACAUAACUUUGCAAGUUAACUUUUUUGGUGUUCACACAGGUUCAUACUUCUCUCCGACACACAAGUAAACUUCAAUUUCACCAUGUCUGGAAAAGUGGUGUUGACUUAUUUCAAUGGGAGGGGGAAAAUGGAGUCAAUUCGAUGGCUUUUAGCAGUUGCUGGAGUUGAGUUUGAAGAAGUGAAUAUGACAAAGCACGAGGAAUAUGUAAAGCUGUUGAGUGAUGGAGCACUCAUGUUUGAGCAAGUUCCAUUGGUGGAAAUUGAUGGAAUGAAGCUGGUUCAAACCAAGGCUAUCCUAAACUACAUAGCAGGGAAAUACAAUCUUUACGGGAAUGACCUAAAAGAACGAGUCAUGAUUGACAUGUAUUCUGAAGGUGUGAGGGACUUGAUGGAAAUGAUAAUGAUGUUGCCAUUCAUUUCACCUGACGCCAAGAAAACUAAACUGGAUGACAUUGAGAGGAAAGCUACAAGCCGCUACAUUCCCGUGUUCGAAAAGGCUCUUGCUAGCUCCCAGUACCUGGUGGGUUAUCAGUUGAGCUGUGCUGAUGUCCAGCUACUUGAAAUCACCUUGAUGUUGGAGGAGAAAUUUCCUACAAUUCUCUCCAAAUUCCCUGUUGUUAAGGCUUUUCAAGGGAGGAUGAAAAGCCUGCCAGCCAUUCAGAAGUUCCUGCAGCCAGGCAGCAAGAGGAAGCCUCAACCAGAUGACUUAUAUGUAAAGACUGUGUAUGAGGUGUUCAACUUCAAGCACUGAUGCUUAUUGAAAAAAUGUAGAGUUGAAGUGAAUAUUAGAUACAAGAAAUGACAGUCUGGAAUAAUCUAUAACAUGUAUGAGUAAGGACCAAAUUGUUCAAGUAGAACAAGUAUGUUUUUCAAUAAUAUACAAAAAAAAAAAAAAAAAAGUCUGUUAAACAAAAUAUCAGCUGUAAUUAAACACUACAUGUCUGUUCUGA